UUACGUAGUCUUUUCCGUUUCUCUACCUCUCCUUUGCAUCGUCUGUCUCCUCUUCAGCCUUGAAUGCACAGUUGCCCUUCUCCUUGGCUCCGCAGUGGCCUUCCGUCUCCAGGUUCCUCUUUUCGUCGCCGCUUCUUCACACCAGUACCGUUUCGCUCCCGCUGACCAGGUCUCACGUCUCUUUUUUGCGCGUUUUUCGUCGUUCUGUGACCAUUAAUUUCACCCGUCGUCGACUCCCAGCAUGUCGUACCUCUUAGCAUCACUCACGAAGGGCGCUAAGUGGGCCGGCCUCGCUCUCCUGGGUUAGUCCCUGCAAAAUAUCUCACCCUGUCGUUUCGACAGAGCGCCAACCAUAAGAUCAAUUUGCACCGAAUAGCCCGGACACGCAGCGGCUCGCGCGGAAGAACUUUUUUUCACGCGCGUUCACAUGCGUCCCCGUGCGACCCAGCUGUCACGUUUUCAAGAUGCUCGAUAAAGAUGCAGUAUCGGCUACGUUUGGGAUACCCAACCAAGCGCCGGCAUUCCUGUUGGCGUCGCAUACUUCCAGGUUGUCUACCACAACGUUGAAGAAGAGGCAGAGAAACUUCAUAGGGAAGGAGACCUCUACCGUCAAAGGAUAA